GUGCAGGAACCUUCCGGGGGAAGCAGCAGCCAGUCAGCGAAGCCCGGCUCUCAGGCUCCACUGUCCCGGUUCCGGUUCGGCUCCCCGUCGCUCCACACAUGGUUCUGCUCCGCCACAUCUCCAUCGCCCUGACCGCCGCCGUGGCUGCCCUGGGCUCCGCGCUCUUCCUCGCCCUCAACUACUUCUACAAGCGGCGGGUAUGGUCUCCACAGGCGGAGUACCGCAGCAUCACGGAGGAGGAGGAGGAGCGGGAGAAGCGUCAGGUUCUGGUUCUGGGUCUGGACGGUGCUGGGAAGAGCAGCAUGCUCCAGGGUCUGAACCCCGGGGAGGCGGUCACUAAGAGAAGUCGCUGCAGACCCACUCGCGGCUUCAACUUCAUGAGCCUGGAAGCUCCCGCCUGUCAGCUGGACUUUCUGGAGAUCGGUGGUGGCGAGGACCUGCGGCGCUACUGGUUGGACUACCUUAGGAGGACUCACAUUCUGGUCUACGUGGUGGACUCAUCCGACCGAAGCCGCCUCCCAUUGGCUAAAGCUGAGCUGCACCGCCUCCUAAGCGUGGAGCCUCAGCUGCCGGUGGUCGUCCUCGGAAACAAGCAGGACAAAGCCAACGCCGUGAGCGUGUCGGAGCUUCAUGACGCUUUGUCUCUGGACGCUGUGGCCGACGACAGAAAGCUGUUCCUCCUGGCUGCACAGCUGGACUCUGAAGAAGCCAAGAGGAGAUCCUGCCAGGGUCUGGACACCGUCCACGACCUUCUGCUGCAGCUCGUCUGAUCUGCUGUCCUCCCACAGAGGCCAGCUGGAGGACGUAGCCGGCAUCAUUCUCCUCUUCCUCCUCACUUUUGUGGCUCCUUUCAGGCAGAGGUGGUGGUGGUGAAGAGGAGCACAAAGAGAUGCGGUGGGCUUGUGUGACUCAUCACGAAGGAGGAGGAGGAGGCAGGAUGAAGCUUUGACUCAAAGAUAAAGACUUCAGUGACUCAUACCUGUGUGUACCUGUUACAGGUUUGCUUUAGUGUGUAGCUCUGGUCGUACACCAUGCCUAUGACCACUCAUUCUGUGUUUUCAUCAGCUUUUAUGAAGGGAUUUAAUAUAAAAUAAGAACGCUGUGUUCCUGGACGGAAUAAAACAGAAAAAUUA